AUGGUCAACUUCACGAUCGACGAGAUCCGGGCGCUUAUGGACAAGCCUACCAAUGUCCGUAACAUGUCCGUUAUUGCCCACGUCGAUCACGGCAAGUCUACCCUGACCGACUCUCUCUUGGCCAAGGCUGGUAUCAUUUCCACUGCCAAGGCUGGUGAAACUCGUGCGACGGAUACCAGAGCAGACGAGCAGGAGCGUGGUAUUACCAUCAAGUCUACCGCCAUCUCCCUGUAUGGUUCCCUCGAGGAUGACGAGGACCUCAAGGACAUUGUCGGCCAAAAGGUCGAUGGCAAGGGGUUCCUUAUCAACCUGAUUGACUCGCCCGGUCACGUCGAUUUCUCCUCCGAGGUUACUGCUGCCCUUCGUGUCACUGACGGUGCCCUUGUCGUCGUCGACACCGUCGAGGGUGUCUGUGUCCAGACCGAGACUGUGCUUCGUCAGGCGCUCGGUGAGCGUAUCAAGCCUGUCAUCAUUGUCAACAAGGUUGACCGUGCUCUUCUUGAGCUUCAGGUUUCCAAGGAGGACUUGUACCAGUCCUUCUCCCGUACCAUCGAGUCCGUCAACGUCAUCAUUUCCAUGUACCUUGACAAGGCCCUCGGUGAUGUCCAGGUUUACCCCGACAAGGGUACCGUUGCCUUCGGCUCCGGUCUCCACGGCUGGGCUUUCACUGUCCGCCAGUUUGCCAUCAGGUACGCCAAGAAGUUUGGCGUUGACCGCAACAAGAUGAUGGAGCGCCUCUGGGGCGAUAACUUCUUCAACCCCAAGACCAAGAAGUGGACCAAGAACGGCACCUUUGAGGGCAAGCAGCUCGAGCGUGCCUUCAACCAGUUCAUUUUGGACCCCAUCUUCAAGAUCUUCGACUCCGUCAUGAAGUCCAAGAAGGACGACAUCAACACCCUCCUCGAGAAGCUCCAGCUCAAGAUCUCCUCCGAGGACCGCGAGAAGGAGGGCAAGGCUCUCCUCAAGGUCAUCAUGAGGACUUUCCUCCCCGCUGCCGACUCCAUCCUUGAGAUGGCCCCCGAUGAUGAGGCCGCCAUUGCCAUCCGUGACUGCGAUCCCAAGGGUCCUCUCAUGCUUUACGUCUCCAAGAUGGUACCCACCUCCGAUAAGGGCCGUUUCUACGCCUUUGGUCGUGUCUUCGCCGGUACCGUCCGCUCCGGUCUCAAGGUCCGCAUCCAGGGCCCCAACUACACCCCCGGCAAGAAGGAGGAUCUCUUCAUCAAGGCCAUUCAGCGUACCGUCCUCAUGAUGGGCGGCAAGGUCGAGCCCAUUGAUGACAUGCCUGCUGGUAACAUUGUCGGUCUCGUCGGUAUUGAUCAGUUCCUUCUCAAGUCGGGUACCCUCACCACCAUCGACACCGCCCACAACUUGAAGGUCAAGAACGCUCAGGAUCUUCCCAAGCUUGUCGAAGGUCUCAAGCGUCUCUCCAAGUCGGACCCUUGCGUCUUGACUUUCACCAACGACUCUGGUGAGCACGUCGUCGCCGGUGCCGGUGAGCUUCACUUGGAGAUUUGCUUGAAGGAUCUCGAGGAGGACCACGCUUGCGUUCCCCUCAUCAUCUCCGACCCCGUCGUCCAGUACCGUGAGACGGUUCAGGGCAAGUCCAGCAUCACCGCCUUGUCCAAGUCCCCCAACAAGCACAACCGUAUCUACAUGGUUGCCGAGCCCCUCAGCGACGAGCUCUGCAAGGACAUUGAGGACGGCAAGGUGACUCCUCGUGACGAUCUCAAGGCCCGUGCCCGUCUCCUCGCCGACACCCACGGCUGGGAUGUCACCGAUGCCCGAAAGAUUUGGGCUUUCGGCCCCGACAUGAGCGGUGCCAACUUGCUCGUCGACCAGACCAAGGCCGUCCAGUACCUCCACGAAAUCAAGGAUUCCGAGCCCAUGCGUGGUAUCCGCUUCAACAUCAUGGAUGUUACCCUCCACGCCGAUGCCAUUCACCGUGGUGGUGGCCAGAUCAUCCCCACCACUCGUCGUGUCCUCUACGCCGCCACUCUUCUCGCCCAGCCCACCCUCAUGGAGCCCAUCUUCCUCGUCGAGAUCCAGGUGCCCGAAACCGCCAUGGGUGGUGUCUACGGUGUGCUCACCCGCCGUCGUGGCCACGUCUUCAACGAAGAGCAGCGCCCCGGUACUCCCCUCUUCACCAUCAAGGCCUACCUCCCCGUCAUGGAGUCCUUCGGCUUCAACGCCGAUCUCCGUCAGGCCACCUCUGGCCAGGCCUUCCCCAGUCCCAAGGUCGGUAUCGUCGUCCAGACGAUGCGUAAGCGCAAGGGUCUCAAGGUCGAAGUACCCGGUGUUGAGAACUACUACGACAAGUUGUAA